AUUAUGUAUUUGUUGUGUAUUAAAUUAUAUAGGAAUAUAGGAUUAUUUGAUUUAUAAAUGGAAAAUAAAAUUCCAUAUAAUUAGUAAGCUUGUUACAAAUUCUCAUAUUUUCUUUAAAAAUCCAAACCCCAAUAUUGAAUGUCAAAAAAUACCGCAGUUUUUUAAAAAGAUUAUAAGAAAAAAAAUAUAAUAAAAUAGAAGUCAUUGGUUAACACUCAUAGGAUUGAUACCCUGAUGAGGGCUUUUCAUUCUUCUGGAGAAUACUCUGUAAAAUCUAGUUAUCAUCUCGCCUUUUCUACACUUUCCCUACCUUCCUCAUCUAAUAGUUCUAACCUUAGAAGAUGGUGGUCUUUCCUUUGGCAAUUAAGAUCAAGCACUUCAUUUGGCGUUUUUGUCAUCAUUUACUUCCUACUACCACUCAAUUAGUCUCUCAUCAUAUUUUUGCUUCACCAUUUUGUUUCUACAAUACAUCUCAGGUUAAAUCAACCUCUCAUGCUUUAUUGGGGUGUUCCAGUGCUAAGAAGAUUUGGAAAAAUACAUAUUUUUAUCAGUUUAGUUUAGCUAAUUCUCAUCUUGAUAUUUUUGAUCUAAUACUGAUGGCUUGGUCUGGUUUUGAUUUGCCGAAAUUGGAGUUAUUUCUGUGUUUGCUGUGGGCCUCGUGGAACAACAGAAAUAAUCAUUUCUUCAAAAAAAAAAAAAGGCUUCAAGCUCAUGAAAUAAUGGACAAGCCACAUUUAUCAGAACAGCUUAAACUCAAUGUGGAUGCUGCUUUUGAGUUCAAGAAUAGGAGGAUGGGCUUUGGGACAGUGGUUCGGAAUCAUCAAGAGGAAGUCAUAGCUGGUCUUGUUUCCCUUUUUAUGUAUUGAAAGUGAUUCUAAAAUGGUUAAAAUUACUGGUACCACCAGUGAUCGUUCUGCUCUUUCUGAUGUAAUCCAUGGCAUUAAACAUUCACUCUCUUUCCUCCCUAGAAUUUCUUUUGAGCAUAUUGUUAGAGAAGCCAAUGCUUUGGCUCAUGUUUUGGCAAAGAAAUCUUUAGAGUUAGAUAGUGAAUUAGUGUGGAAUGAUAAUAUUCCACCUUCUCCUCAUGUUUCACUUCCUGUUUGUAAUGUUUUCUUAAUGGAAGUCCUUUUUUUUUCAAAAAAAUAAAAAAUAAAAUAAUAAUAAAAAGAAAAAAAGAAAAAGGAAGAAAGAAGCCUAAGUCAUAAAACAAUUUAAGAUGGGCCGUUGUGUGCCACUGGUAACAAGUUCAAACAUAAUGUUUUUUUUUUAUAAAAAAAAAAAUAUAAAUAAAUUAUUGUGACUAAAAAUUACUUGUCUUGUUUGAACGAAGUAGCUAUG